GACGGCGAGGGGUGGCUACACUCCACGUCGUUCCACGGCGACGGGGUUCCGCCGGGGCUCCACCCGCUGUACGUCGGGAAGUCGCGCCGGAAGUACCUCGUGAGCGACGACCUCGUUGGCCACCCACUCUUCCGGGUACUAGUCGAGCGGUGCAGUGACAACGCCGACGCAGAGACGGUGGUGGUCGGGUGCGAGGUGGUGCUGUUCGAACACCUGCCGUCGAUGCUGGAGAACGCCGGGCCGUGCGAGCAAUUUCGCCUUUUGCCACUGGAGAACGCCGGGCCGCAUCCCGAGUCGCCGGACGAGUUGGUCGAGUUCUACGCCUGCUGA